AUGGCCAAACGCACAUUCUCUAACUUGGAGACAUUUCUGAUUUUCCUUCUUGUAAUGAUGACUGCCAUCACGGUGGCCCUUCUCAGCCUCUUGUUUAUCACCAGUGGGACCAUUGAAAACCACAAAGGCAACCAUUUUUUUCCAACCACUCAAAGCCCUCCAGCCACGCAGGGCUCCACAGCCACCCAGGGCUCCACAGCCACCCAGAGCUCCACAACCACCCAGAGCUCCACAGCCACUCAAACUUCUCCAGAGACUUCUACCCCAGAGCCUCCUCUAUUUCAGAACUUCAGUGGCUAUCAUAUUGGUGUUGGACGAGCUGACUGCACAGGACAAGUAGCAGAUAUCAAUUUGAUGGGCUACAGCAAAUCUGGCCAGAAUGCACGGGGCAUCCUCACCAGGCUGUACAGUCGUGCUUUUAUCAUGGCGGAACCUGAUGGGUCCAAUCGAACAGUUUUUGUCAGCAUCGACAUAGGCAUGGUAUCCCAAAGGCUCAGGCUGGAGGUCCUGAACAGACUGCAGAGUAAAUAUGGCUCCCUGUACAGAAGAGACAAUGUCAUCCUGAGUGGCACUCACACUCAUUCAGGUCCUGCAGGAUAUUUCCAGUAUACUGUGUUUGUAAUUGCCAGUGAAGGAUUUAGCAAUCAAACUUUUCAGCACAUGGUCACAGGUAUCUUGAAGAGCAUUGACAUAGCACAUACAAAUAUGAAGCCAGGCAAAAUCUUCAUCAAUAAAGGAAAUGUGGAUGGUGUGCAGAUCAACAGAAGUCCCUAUUCUUACCUUCAGAAUCCACAGUCAGAGAGAGCAAGGUAUUCUUCAAAUACAGACAAGGAAAUGGUAGUCUUGAAAAUGGUAGAUUUGAACGGAGAUGACUUGGGCCUUAUCAGCUGGUUUGCUAUCCACCCGGUCAGCAUGAACAACAGUAACCAUCUUGUAAACAGCGACAAUGUGGGCUAUGCGUCUUACCUGCUUGAGCAAGAGAAGAACAAAGGAUAUCUACCUGGACAGGGACCAUUUGUAGCAGCCUUUGCUUCAUCAAACCUAGGAGAUGUGUCCCCCAACAUUCUCGGCCCACAUUGCAUCAACACAGGAGAGUCCUGUGAUAACCCCAAUAGUACUUGUCCCAUUGGUGGGCCUAGCAUGUGCAUUGCUAAGGGACCUGGACAGGAUAUGCUCGACAGCACACAAAUUAUAGGACGAACAAUGUAUCAGAGAGCAAAGGAACUAUAUGCCUCUGCUUCCCAGGAGGUAACGGGACCACUGGCUUCAGCACACCAGUGGGUGAAUAUGACAGAUGUGACCGUCUGGCUCAAUUCCACACACGCAGCAAAAACAUGUAAACCAGCAUUGGGCUACAGUUUUGCGGCUGGCACCAUUGAUGGAGUUGGAAGCCUCAAUUUUACACAGGGGAAAACAGAAGGGGAUCCAUUUUGGGACACCAUUCGAGACCAGGUCCUGGGAAAACCAUCUGAAGAAAUGAAAGAAUGUCAUAAACCAAAGCCUAUUCUUCUUCACACUGGAGAGCUAUCAAAACCUCAUCCCUGGCAUCCAGAUAUUGUUGAUGUUCAGAUUAUUACCCUUGGGUCUUUGGCCAUAACUGCCAUCCCAGGGGAGUUAACGACCAUGUCUGGACGAAGACUUCGAGAGGCAGUGCAAGCAGAAUUUGCAUCUCAUGGGAUGCAGAAUAUGACCGUUGUUAUUUCAGGUCUAUGCAAUGUCUAUACACAUUACAUUGCCACUUACGAAGAAUACCAGGCUCAGCGAUAUGAGGCAGCAUCUACAAUUUAUGGACCACACACAUUAUCUGCUUACAUUCAGCUCUUCAGAAACCUUGCUAAGGCCAUUGCUACGGACACAGUAGCCGACCUGAGCAGAGGUCCAGAACCUCCAUUUUUCAAGCAAUUAAUACUUCCAUUAAUUCCUAAUAUAGUGGAUAGAGCACCAAUAGGCAGAACUUUUGGGGAUGUCCUACAGCCAGCAAAACCUGAAUACAGAGUGGGAGAAGUUGCUGAAGUUAUAUUUGUAGGUGCUAACCCAAAGAAUUCAGUACAAAACCAGACCCACCAGACCUUCCUCACUGUGGAGAGAUAUGAGGCUACUUCAACAUCCUGGCAGAUAGUGUGUAACGAUGCCUCCUGGGAGACUCGUUUUUAUUGGCACAAGGGACUCCUGGGUCUGAGUAAUGCAACAGUGGAAUGGCAUAUUCCAGACACUGCCCAGCCUGGAAUCUACAGAAUAAAAUAUUUUGGACACAAUCGGAAGCAGGACAUUCUGAAGCCUGCUGUCAUACUUUCAUUUGAAGGCAGUUCCUCCGCUUUUGAAGUUGUAACUACUUAGUGCAAAGUUGACAGAUCAUUUAAAGAACAGCUUUACUCUGUACACAUUAUAUAAGUGAUUUCAAAUGAAUGUGAACUAGUGAACUACUA